UCCAUAGCUACUGCUUAUAAUGGUUACUGUUGAAGAUGCCGCUUUAGGAGCUGCUCUUGGAUUUUUGCUUCAAGCAAUUAAAGAAGCAAAAGAAAAGGCAGUCUUCUUCAGAAGAACCCUUCAAAGUCUCCAGGACACGCUUCAGAACGUGAAGCCAAUCAUUCAUGAAGUCCUGAAGAUUGAAAAUGCUCCUACUGAUGCAUGCAAUAGAUUUGUCCUGAUGUUGAAGAAAGCUAAGGUGCUUGUUGAAAUGUAUUCGGACAUCAGCAAACGGAAACUGCUUAAGAAGCGUAAGGUCAAGAAGCUGAUUCAAGAAAUGGAUGCUUCAAUUCAAAGGUUUAUGAUAAGGGAUUUUCAGGCUGAACAACUGCUUUAUCUUGCAAAAAUUAACGAGAAAAUGGAUCGUGUAAUAGAAUCGUUUGGGUUAGAUUGUGAUGCAGUCAAUGGAAAAGAAUUCAAUAAUGAGACUGCAGCCAAUGGGAAGUCAUCGAAUCCCAAGACUGAGAAUGAGAGUGGAGGUUGCUCAUCCAAUCCUAAAUUUGAAUUCCGCUGGAAAAGCGAGGGAAAAUUUGUUGACAUUCGCUUUAGUGAGUAGUUUCCUUUCCAGUUUACAGGUCCAUGGAAUUGUAUCAUGAUAUUCUCCUUUACUCAUCAUAAAGGUGAAUAUCUUAGAAUUAAUAAAGGAGAUUCAACUUAAAA